AUGUUCGCGAGUGGGAGAACGGUUUUGUUGGCUGCUGUUGCUGCCAGCUCGCGUCUGGUCGCGACGAGAACGCUGUAUACCGGGCUGCUGCCCUGGACUGUUGGGCGUGUCGCCGGCGGUGUUGCCACGAUGAGACAACCUUGGGCUGCUUCCAUCACAUGGCAGAGAGGGUUCAAAGUGCGGUCGUCUUUGAAGAAGUUUUGCAAGGACUGCUACUUUGUCCGCAGAAAGGGAAGGGUGUACGUCUACUGCAAGGCUAACCACAAACACAAACAACGGCAGGGCUGA